UGGUCACGUGACUACACGUCACAUUUGUCCCUGCUAGUUAGCGUUGGUGCUUGAAAACAAGUAGCUGCUUUUGUAACUUUUAUACUUGAAUAGAAACCCAAUAAUGGAGAUAGGAACAGAGAUCAGCAAGAAAAUAAGAGCUGCUAUCAAGGGCAAGCUUCAAGAACUUGGUGCAUAUAUAGAUGAAGAGCUACCUGACUACAUCAUGGUGAUGGUAGCAAACAAGAAAACCUCCCAACAGAUGGCUGAUGAUCUUUCCCUUUUUCUUGGAAAUAACACGAUUAAAUUCACAGCCUGGUUACAAGGUGUCCUUGAGAAGUUAAGAACUGUUGCAGUCGAACCUGCAUCCCUCAGGCAUCAGCUUCAGUCGGACAGCGGUGCUGUGGCCGGGAGAAGCCACUCAUCUGUUAGUGAAGACAGCAGAGCAGAGGAGUUAAAGGUGCUAACGGUGUCCAGCUCACGCUCUGAUCGGACUGAUGCACGCGUGUCCAGCUCCGCUCACGAAAGCAGGAGGGGCGCAUUGGAGAAGGGUUCCUCUCGUCUGACAUCCACUGUUAAGCCCCUCAUGGAGCUGCUUCCCUCCGAGGCUGUGAUUGAUAUCAAACCAGAAAUGGAUGAUGACCUCAUUGCUGAAGACCUGGUAGAAAUAGCCACAAACCAUGGCAGAACACGAGUUGCAGCUGAUAGACCCACAGCUGAAAUCUACAGACCUGGUCAGAGCAGGUUUACAUCAAUUAGCUCUGCUGAGGCGUUACGACACACAGAUGGUUCCUCCCAUGCUCGGCAACAGGAUGCCAGAGGAAGUAGAACAUCAAGAACCGGAUCCAGUAAGGAGGAGUUAUCACGGAAGCGAAAGGCACCAGUAGCAAGUUCAGUGGUGCGAGUGAACCGAGCUGCAGAUGAGGACAGUGACGAUGUGGAAGAGGAUGAUGCCAGCUAUGCAGGAAGAGGCCUGUCCAGUAGAGUUUCCCUACCCUCCAAACCAGAACGCAAACCUACUCUCCCCCCAGCUAAGCAAGCCAACAGAAACUUGAUACUGAAGGCCAUCUCUGAGGCUCAGGACUCUAUCACCAAAACUACAGCCUUCCCCACCAUACCACAGAGGCAGACUGUCCCUGUUGCCCCUCGCACUCGCUUAGCCAGCAAUGAGGAGAUGAGUGCAGCCAUCCAGCUGGUUCAGGAGCACCUCCACAGCCUGGCUCCUAGGGUUCAGACCUACGCCUCCACUGAGCCACCUCAAACCAGACCACCUGCUCCAGCAAGAUCUUUAGCAUCACGCCUCCAGUUGGACUUAGCAGAGAGAAACGAAAGAGCGGAGCAGAGUGAGUAUGGUGUUGGGGUUGCUGCAGACAGUGGGGCGAAGCCAUUUGACACCCGCUCCUUCAUAAUGAGUCAACCAAGGCUUCAAGAACCGGCAGCUACAAGCCAGCAGCAUCUCCUAGUCAGAGAGGAUGUCCAGUCUAUGUUACCACGCACUGUCCAGACCAGCAAAGAUAUUGCAGACUCAUCCAGUCCAAAGUUCAUUGUAACGUUAGAUGGCGUACCCAGCCCGAUGGGGAAUUUUGCAGACUCCGAGAUGGACCUGGAUGAAGUGAGACCGCCUGCUAAAGUCACAGAGGGAUCCUUUAAUAUGAACAGGGAGCCCAAAGUCAGUGUGCUUCACAGACUACAGGGAGUAGUCACAUCAGCUGAAGAUGAUAUAAUUGACAUGGAAAUUGGAGAAGAUGAUGCCAUCCCUGUAAAGAAACAGAAGGUGUUGGAGCGCUGCAAGUACUGGCCAGUUUGUAAAAGUGGAGACGAGUGUUUGUACCAUCACCCUACAGCACAGUGCAAGACUUUUCCUAGCUGCAAGUUUGGGGAUAAAUGCCUGUUUGUCCAUCCUAAUUGUAAAUAUGACGCCAGGUGUACCAAGCCUGAUUGUCCUUUCACCCAUGUCAGCCGCAGAAGCACAGCUGGUCCUCCUCCAAGGCCAGCAGCAGCAGCAGCACAGCCAGUGCAAACUACAACAGUGUGUCGCUUCUUCCCAGACUGCAAGAAGAUGGACUGUCCAUUUUAUCACCCCAAGCCUUGUCGCUUUGCAACACAGUGUAAAAGAGCCGGCUGUACUUUCUACCACCCAAGCAUAUCCGUGCCACCAAGACACGCUCUGAAGUGGACAAAAGCACAAAGCAGCUAACAAAGUUCCUGAAUGAAAUUGGAUCAAGGGCAACAAUGUGAAACUAUGGAAGAUGUUCUGUAAAGCCGUCACUUUUAAUGUUUCAUCCUCUUUUGUUUUGUGUCAAAGCAUUUUUAAGAAAACGUUUUUUUGUGUUACACUGCUGUGUUUUUGCUGAUGCUCUCAGAAUAUUAAAUGCUUUACAAAAAACUUGAUGUUCAUGUAAUUUGAUCAUCUCUUUUUUAACAAUCCUUGCUCACAUAGAUGCAACUUUGAUGCUGUCAACCACAUGCAGCAGCUUAUGGUAUAUAAAAGAUGUAUUUUAUUAGAUUAAUCAAUCAUCAAUUGAGCUUUUUAACCAUAAAAUGAUGAAGUAUGCAGAUGAAACCAUUUUCUGGGUGUCUGUUGUAAUAACACUGACUUCUAUUUUUUAUGUCAAUAUGUUGUUUACAUUAUUACUAAUAAAAACAAUAUAAUCUG